ACAAGCAGCCCGGCCGCUAGGUUAGUAUAUAACUAUGCUUGAAGUUAAUAUAUAUAUAUAUAUAUGCAUAUCCAAAAACAAGAAAUUAAAGAAAGCUUAGAGAGGGAAAGAUAAUGGAGAUCCAAAGGCCACAUGCUGUCUGCAUUCCCUAUCCAGCUCAAGGCCAUAUAUUCGCCAUGCUCAAGCUAGCCAAGCUUCUUCAUCACAAAGGCUUUCACAUUACCUAUGUUCUCACUCAAUUCAACUAUGCCCACAUCAUGAAAGCCAGAAACUUCCUCCCUCUCACUCAAUCACCCACUUUCCGUUUCGAAACAAUCCCCGACGGGCUUCCCUCACGGGAGAACCCCGACACCGCUCUAGACAUCGCCGACCUCUGCUUUUCCACGGCCAAGAAUUGCUAUGCUCCGUUCAUGGAGUUGAUUGAUAUGCUGAACAGAGCGUCGGAUGUUCCUCCAGUUUCUUGUGUUGUUUCUGAUGCUCUUAUGGCGUUCACUGUUGGGGCUUCCCAGGAGCUGGGUAUUCCGGUAGUAUUUUUUUUCCCAAUUAGCGCUGUUGCCAGUUUGAUGCACAUAUAUUCUUCUGAUAUUCGUGACAAGGUUUCCAAAAACAAAGAUGUCAUUUUUGGUGACUAUAUUAUUGAUUGGAUCCCGGGAGUCAAAAGUAUUGGCCUGAGCGAUAUCCCAACCACAGCUUGGUCCACUGAUCCAAAUGACCCCUUCAUCGACUAUUUAAUUUCACAAGUUUCAAAAAGCUACAAAGCUUCAGCUGCCAUCUUUAACACAUUUGAUGAGUUAGAACCCGAGGUGUGUAAGGCAUUGUCCUCUAUGUUCAACAGGGUCUACACUAUCGGCCCCAUCCCAAUGCUUCUCAAAGGAUUACCAAAGAGCGAAAUCGACAAAAUCGAAUGUAAUCUAUGGAAAGAAGAUUCCACUUGUAUUCAAUGGCUAGAUACUAAAAACCCAAAAUCAGUAGUUUAUGUGAAUUUUGGGAGUAUGGCCGUUACCAACCCAGAAAAGUUGGUAGAGUUGGCAAUGGGGCUAAGUAAAAGCAUGAAAAAUUUCUUGUGGAUUAUCCGGCCCGAACUCAUUUCUGGGGACUGGUCUACAAUUCUCCCUCCAGCGUUUACGGAUGCGUUCAAGGACAGAGGCUAUAUAGCCGACUGGUGCGAUCAAGAGCAAGUGCUGAAUCACCCUUCUGUCGGGGGAUUCUUGACCCAUUGCGGGUGGAAUUCUAUGGUGGAAAGUAUGAGCGCGGGAGUGGCAAUGGUUUGUUGGUCGUUUUUCGCGGACCAACCGCUAAACCGGUAUUGUUGUUGCUCGGAAUGGAGACUUGGUUUAGAGAUAGAGAAUGAUGUGAAGAGAGAGAACGUUGAGAGUGUGGUGAGAGAGCUGAUGGAAGGAGAGAAGGGUAGAGAGGUGAAGAAGAAGGCGUUGUUUUGGAAGGAAAGAGCUGAGGUGGCUACUAGUGUUGGAGGUUCAUCAUUUCUAAAUUUGGAUAAGUUGAUUGGGGAAGUACUGCUCAGUGGUGGCCAGCAUUUUCCAAAUGGUGUAUAAGUGUUUGUAUUCGUGGGCAAGUUAAUUAUGUAUAAGUGUUUCACUAUUUAUUUUUGAAAUAAGGUAACAUGAUUGUAUUGCAUUGAUAGUAUUGAAUUCUUAUUACAAUUCAAGUAGAAUAUGAAGGAGCUCAAAAGGUUUUAUUGUAGUGUGGAAGUGUACUAAGUCUAUGAAAUUGAAUUAUUUUGUUGAUUAAAAGAUGUCUCUAUUUAUAGUA